AUGCAGGCACGCGCUCUUUCAAUCGUAGCAAGAAUCAUCGCUCGAUGCAAAUUGGCACAUCUUCGUCAUCUGUCCUCGUCUGGCGAUGUCGUCAUCUUCAUUGCGGGAUUCUGUGCUCUGGCAAGCACGGCCAUCACCUCUACGGCCUACGACUGGGGUCUUGGAAAAAGAAGAUGCCUAUUGAGUGACAACGACAUGCAAAACAUUGAGCGCAAGCUCUUCAUUUCGACAGUACUGUUUGUCUUGGCCAUUGGCAUCUCCAAGAGCUCGGUCCUGUUGUUCUUGUACCGCCUGGCACAGAGUACCUUGCGAAGGGUGUAUGUGGCAAUUGUUGGUGCCCUUGUACUAUUAUGGACUAUUGCUGUGUUGGCUGUCAUGGUCUUCCAAUGCGAGAUGCCAAAUCCCUGGACGAUAUGGACAGGCAAUUGUGUUCCAUUGGUGCAAUUCUGGGUCAUAGCCAUCAUCUUUGACAUUGUCCUUGACACGGCUAUGAUGGUCCUUUCCGCUCAUACCGUCUGGAAGCUACCCGAAUCCCGUCGUCAGAAGAUUUUGGCGACAUUGGUUUUGUUACUACGGUCAAUCUUGAUCGUAGCAUCAGUCAUUCGCCUCAUCUUCCUUGAGCAGGCUCUCAACCGCGAUGCGGACCCAACUUUUGAUUCGAUACCCUACUUUACUACCACACAGGCCCAUGGCACUCUCGCUGUCCUCCUAGCCUGUACACUGUGGCAAAAGCCCUACUCACGCCUUCAAGUGCUCCGAGCACCCAAACCCUCAGAACCACAGCUCGAGUCUGGGGACUUGAAAUACUGGGCCGAUACCACGGUCGGUACACCAUACGAAUCAUACAACUCAUUAGCGGCGGAUUUCCACAUCAUAAGAGAACCACUCCCAUCCAUACAGGCAAGCAUGUCCAUGCCAAACUCUCCCACAGUAUCGCAUCGCUCGCUGGGCAAGAGCAUCCUUCUACCGGAUAAACCAACGCCAAUGAGAUACGGAAUCCCACCGCCUAGACCACCACCACCGACCGAUGAGCAAAGACCAGAUCUCAACGACGACGAUACGCUGAAUGUUCCUUGA